AUGGCGGGCAUUCGAAUGAUAGAUAUAGCCGUCAAUUUCACUGAUGGAAUGUUCAAGGGAAUCUACCACGGCAAGCAAUGUCACGUCUCCGAUAUUGCAACCGUUUUGAACAGGGCUUGGGCUGCUGGCGUCAACCGAAUUAUAGUAACCGGUGGGUCACUUGAAGAAUCAAGGGAGGCGCUUGCAAUUGCAGAAACAGAUGGAAGACUUUUCUGCACAGUUGGUGUGCAUCCAACACGAUGCAAGGAAUUUGAGGAGAGUGGAGAUCCAGAAAAGCAUUUUCACGCUCUUUUGUCCUUAGCUAGAGAGGGAAUUCAGAAAGGAAAGGUGGUUGCUAUUGGAGAAUGUGGAUUGGACUAUGACAGGCUUCAUUUUUGCCCAGCAGAGAUUCAAAAGAAGUAUUUCGAGAAGCAAUUUGAAUUAGCAUAUAUCACAAAACUGCCCAUGUUUUUGCACAUGCGAGAAGCUGCUGCAGAUUUCUGUGAAAUAGUGGAGAAAAAUAAGGACAGGUUCACUGCUGGAGUCACCCAUUCAUUUACUGGUAGUAUCGAUGAUAGCAUUAAGCUUCUCUCAUUUGAUAAGAUGUACAUAGGCAUAAAUGGGUGUUCUCUGAAGACAACUGAGAACCUUGAUGUUGUUAAGGGUAUACCUAUUGAGAGAAUGAUGAUUGAGACUGAUUCACCAUACUGUGAAAUCAAGAAUACUCAUGCAGGAAUUGGUUUUGUUAAAUCUACAUGGCCUUCUAAGAAGAAAGAGAAGUAUGAUCAAGAGUGCAUUGUUAAGGGCCGCAAUGAACCUUGUUUAGUCAAGCAAGUUCUUGAAGUUGUUGCUGGUUGUAAAGGCAUCAAUGAUGUAGAUAACCUCAGCAGAACAUUAUACCAUAACACUUGCAGGAUAUUUUUCCCUCAUGACUUGGAUUCUGCAGCUGAUGCUCUACUAGCUGGUGGUAUUUCUUCAUAA